AUAUAUAUAACUCCAAGGGUCCUGCAUUAUUCUUACACAGUUUUUAUUUUUCUUCUUCUUUGCUCUAAGAAGAUAAUGGAAUAUGGUAGGCUCGGGAAACCCGAACCUGGAGGCUCGUCAACUAGAAGCCUAGCCUCGGAACCAAAGAGAUCUAAAAUCAGGAUUCUGGUUUUUCUGGCCGCCACACUCUUAGUUGCCUCCGCCGUCUCCGCCGUGCUGGUGGUGGUUAUUCGGAACAGAGCAAAUUCAGGCCGGGCGAAGCUGAAGCCAUCGCAGGCUAUGUCCCGAACCUGUAGCCGGACACGGUACCCGACUCUCUGCCUCGAUUCUCUCCUCGAAUUCCCCGGUGCUGUAACCGCCUCCGAUAAGGACCUUGUCCACAUUUCCGUUAACAUGACUGUGCAGAAAGUAGGUCGAGCUCUGUAUUCCGCGUCGGAGAUCAGCAAUCUUGAUAUGGAUUCGCACGUCAGGUCGGCGUACGCCGACUGCCUCGAGCUUCUAGAAGAUUCGGUAGAUCUCCUCAGUCGAUCGCUCACAACCGUCGUUCCCGGCGGCUCUCCAGAAGGUUCGACUGAAGAAGACGUCGUGACUUGGCUGAGCGCCGCCCUAACGAAUCAGGAAACCUGCACAGAAGGAUUCGAUGAAUUGAACGGCGAUGUUAAGAGCGAAAUGUCCAACAGGCUCAAGGACUUAUCGGAGCUGGUCAGUAAUUCUCUCGCUAUAUACUCCACGAUCGGCGGAGACGACGACUUCGUCGGAGUUCCGAUACAAAACCGGCGGCGGCGGCGGUUGUUGAGCUGGGAAGGAGAGAAGGAGGUGGAGCAGUUUCCGAAAUGGUUAUCUCGGCGAGAACGACGGCUGCUCGAUAUUCCGGCGGCUUCCAUUAACGCCGACGUGGUGGUUUCCGGCGACGGCGGCAAAGGUACGGUGAAAACAAUCGCGGAGGCGAUUAAGAAGGCGCCGGAGCACGGUCGCCGGCGAUUCAUCAUCUACGUGAGGGCAGGGAGGUACGAGGAGAGUAAUCUGAAGGUAGGAAGGAAGAAGACGAACAUAAUGUUCAUCGGAGACGGGAAGGGCAAGACGGUAAUAUCCGGUGGCAAAAGCGUGCAGGAUAAAUUAACGACUUUCCAUACGGCGUCGUUUGCUGCGACGGGGGCGGGGUUCAUAGCGAGGGACAUAACCUUCGAGAACUGGGCGGGGCCGAGCAAGCACCAGGCGGUGGCGCUGCGCGUCGGCGCCGACCACGCGGUGGUCUACCGAUGCAACAUCAUCGGCUACCAGGACACGCUCUACACGCACUCCCAGCGCCAGUUCUACCGCGACUGCGACGUCUACGGCACCGUCGACUUCAUCUUCGGCAACGCCGCCGUCGUCUUCCAGAACUGCACCAUCCACGCCCGGAAGCCGCUCCCGGGCCAGAAGAUCACCGUCACGGCGCAGAACCGGAAGGACCCGAACCAGAACACCGGGAUCUCCAUUCACGCCUGCCGGCUCGUCGCCGAACCGGAUCUCGAGGCGGCCCGGGCCGCCUUCCCAGCUUACUUGGGCCGGCCCUGGAAGAUGUACUCCCGUACGGUCUACAUGCUCUCCUACCUAGGCGAUCACAUCCAUCCACGUGGCUGGCUCGAGUGGAACGCCGAUUUCGCGCUUGACACGCUGUACUACGGCGAGUAUUUGAACUACGGCCCCGGAGCGGCGCUGGGGCGGCGCGUGAACUGGCCGGGGUACCGCGUGAUUAAAUCCGCGGCGGAGGCCGGUAAGUUCACGGUGGCGCAGUUUAUAUACGGCUCGUCGUGGCUGCCGUCGACUGGGGUGGCUUUCUUGGCGGGACUCUCUACUUGAAUUAAUUAAUUAACUACGGAGUCAAAAUCGUUGACUAAAUAAGUUAACUUUUUAUUCCUUUUCCUUUGUAAGAAAUAGAAAAGUGCUGUGUCGGUGAGGCCUUGCAAUAAAUGCUGUCAUGUGCAAAUUAAUGAAUGUCACGAUAAUUAAUUUGA